AUGGCAAACCCACGUGAGAAAAUGCCCUCGGUUCACGAAUUUCCAUCGCCAUUGGAAGUGAACGAUGAAGAAAUAGAUCCAUCUUUUUCAUGCGGUUGUUUAUGGGCACUGUGUGGAAGAAGGAUUGGAGCACGGAGAUAUCUGCUACAACAACAAGAAGGAGAACAAGCGAAAGAGAGUUGGUUGGUGGAGAAGGUUAAGAAAGCGCGAGAAAUUUCGGAGGUUUUGGCAGGACCAAAGUGGAAGAACUUCAUCCGAUCUUUUAGUACGAUAUACAAGAAAAGAAGGGUGCAGUUUCAGUACGAUCCACAGAGUUACGCGCUUAAUUUCGAUGACGGAAAUGUUGAUAGGGAAGCAGAGGGUGCUGCUGCUGCAUACCAUCAUUUUUCGAAUAGUGGAUCAUAUGCAGCGUCACAAGGGAUGAAUGCCAAGUUCUGA